AUGACUGGAAGUGAUGACCGCCUGAGCGCAAGCGAUUCCAUUAGCAAAGAGGCGCUUGAACUGUACAGCAAACACUCCUUCUCGUCUGAUCAGGCAUAUCAACAAGGAGUUGCAAGCGUCAUUGCAAGCGGCACCUUAGAGGGCAAAUCUGACGCCGAGCAAGACGAAAUUCUUAGGAAAUCCCGGGUAUUUUUCUUCAAUCGUACAUAUGGCACCACCUUGACCGUGGAGGAAGUCGCGCUUCUAGAGCGGGAGGAUAUCGUGCCCGCGCAGAUUCCACAAGAGGCCCCACCGGCAUUGUCGUUCGCGGAAUUGAAGGCGCUAAUCGAGCAGGGGGAGCUGGACCAGAUACCGAACAACAGGAGGAUACCGGAAGGUAUUCAUAUGGAGGCGCCGAGCGAGUCGCGGGCGCCCGUGCGCAAGAAGCCUUGGGAGAAUUGA